AAUGCAGCCGGCGUUACAGGCUGAUCAAUUCAAAGUUCACAACUGAAGUGUCAAGAGGUGUUCAAACCUCAAGUGUGGAGACCGAGCAUUCUCAAGGAACGACCGCUUAUGUCACGUAUUUCAUAUGAUUGAUAAUGCCUCUAGUUAAUCAUAGAACUUGAGGGUCUCCUCGAUAUUCCUUUUCAAUCGCUACUCUUUUAAUUGUAGACUGGAGUUAGUCUCAGUUUUAUUUGGAUAUCAACAAUAUGGUCAAGUUGUACACGUCUUUGGCAUACCCUAAGGCAUUUCGAAGUAUUAUUCUGGGCGCACCCGCUUCCGGUAAGGGCACAGUGUCUUCCAGGAUCGUUAAUUGUUUUGGAGUUACUCACAUUUCUAGCGGAGAUAAAUUAAGAGAUCAUGUGGCUCGUCAAACAGAAGUCGGAAAACGGGUGAAAAAAUACAUGGACGAAGGUAGUUUCGUGCCGGAUGAUGUUAUAAUUGAAUUAAUUAGCCAGGAAUUGAAAUCUGUGAGGGACAAAAAUAUUCUACUUGAUG